UGAACGGAAAUGUGAGUAAAGAGUCGUAGUGCGCACAUUGGCCGUUUCAAAACGCCAACUAUUUCCCCAUUGUUAUCUCUGCUCAUUCAUCCAUUUUCUUCCUCAAUCGCCUCCGGAUUCUUCUCAGAACGACGCCGUUCCGACCGCUCCUUUUUCGGUUUUGGGAGAGAAGAUAUUAUAAGUCAUAAGUGAUGGCGAAUAGAGUGGAUCACGAGUACGAUUAUUUGUUUAAGAUCGUGUUGAUUGGGGAUUCUGGAGUAGGAAAAUCAAAUAUUUUAUCUAGGUUCACGAGAAAUGAAUUCUGUUUGGAGUCGAAGUCCACUAUCGGAGUUGAGUUCGCCACCAGAACUCUUCAGGUGGAGGGAAAAACAGUGAAGGCCCAGAUAUGGGACACUGCAGGACAAGAAAGGUACCGAGCCAUUACCAGUGCUUACUAUCGAGGAGCAGUGGGUGCACUCCUCGUCUAUGACAUAACAAAGAGGCAAACAUUUGACAAUGUCCAGAGGUGGCUACGAGAAUUGAGAGACCAUGCAGACUCUAACAUUGUAAUCAUACUGGCAGGAAACAAGUCUGACCUUAAACAUCUUAGAGCAGUCUCUGAGCAGGAUGGUCAAGCUUUAGCUGAGAAGGAAGGACUUUCAUUUCUUGAGACCUCAGCAUUGGAAGCUCUUAAUGUUGACAAGGCUUUUCAGACUAUAUUGACAGAUAUUUACCAUAUCAUAAGCAAGAAGGCAUUGGCAGCCCAGGAAGCAGCCGCGAGCACUGCACUUCCUGGUCAGGGUACAACAAUCAACGUCAGUGAUAACUCUGCAAAUGUGAAGAGAGGCUGCUGUUCAACUUGAGUUGGUGUUUCAAAAAGAAAUAGAAUUUGUAGCAAGGCAUAAACUUUUUUUGUUUUUUCCCCUUCUUUCUUUUCUUCUCUUCUAUUUUCUUCUCCUUUUCAGGCUUGUAGAUUACUUUCUUGAUUCAUUUAAGAGGAGAGCUUGUGCAUGUUCAUUAUCUAUUGGUUUAGGACGAUCUGUACUUCACAUGAUACACAGUUUAACUGUUUACUUAAAAAAAAAGGAAUACUGGUACUGUUCGCAAGACCAAAAUAACUCUGAUCUUCCAGGACUUGGAACACAGGACUUGUUAAUUCAAUUGCAGCAUUUUAUUUUGUGGCAA